GCAAUAUCUGCACCGCCAUUAUAUUCGUAAAAGUUGGUUAAAAAAAAAAUUCUCUUUCCUUACUUCACAACCUUGUUAGCGUGUUCGGACGUUCGCGAAUCAACAAAAAUCUAAGCCAUGGUGCGAAUGAAUGUAUUGAGUGAUGCCCUCAAGAGCAUUAACAAUGCCGAGAAACGAGGCAAAAGACAAGUUCUUUUGAGACCAUGCUCCAAGGUCAUCGUCAAAUUUUUGACAGUUAUGAUGAAGCAUGGUUAUAUUGGUGAAUUUGAAAUUGUUGAUGACCAUCGCAGUGGUAAAAUUGUCGUAAAUUUAUCUGGUAGAUUGAACAAAUGUGGAGUUAUUUCACCAAGAUUUGAUGUACCAAUCAGAGAUAUUGAAAAAUGGACAAAUAACCUCCUUCCUUCACGUCAAUUUGGAUACGUUGUUUUGACUACCAGUGGUGGUAUCAUGGACCACGAGGAAGCCAGAAGAAAACACUUGGGAGGAAAAAUUUUAGGCUUCUUUUUCUAAAUAUUUACACAUGUAUUUAUAAAUAAAAAAGUGGUCUUUAUUGAUUAA